AUGCCCAAUCAUUGCCAGCACAAGCGAGGCGUAGCCGUCGUGAGAGGCCAGGGAUAUGCUGAUAACCAUGGUCGAUGCCUACGAGUCAAACGCCACUGGCCUGAAUCGUCGACGUCGAUUCUUGUGCUACCUAGGUAGCCCCUGUCGUGUGACUACCCCGCAUCAGGAUGGCGAGAAAAGAGUAUAUAAAGGCUGAGAGGAUGGUCGUACUCCUCAAGUACAAGGUAUAUUCGUGUUGCUUAACUCGUGACAUCCUUCUGCCAAUACAUAUCUGCAAAGCGAUCCCAUUUAUCCCAACCUAUCAUCCAAAAUGUCAGCUCCAAUUAUCCAGAACCUUUCCGCUCUGAGCUCGUCCGUGGCGAACUAUUCCAGACAGCAACUUGGUACUCUACGGAACAGACUCUUCCAGAAAGAGAGAUCGAAGACAACAGCAGGUCUUGCGCAGACCUCCUUUGCGCUGCACAAGCCGGUCUGGGUAGCAGGCGGGGCGCCAUGUACACAACCAUGGGCGCCGUCUACCUCACACUACGUUACAUGAGCCGACUUAGAUGAUCGAGCGUUACUUCAUGAUUAUCCGUUCUCCUGGAGAGAUGGAAUUAUUGCAUUGAACAUUAUUACGACCUGCAGCUAGACAGUGUCUUGCUUCUACUUACGAUCACUUUCCUUUGUUUGGGUACCGUGGCCUGGAUGGCCUGAUUAUUGCGCCACCAGUUGGCAGGGAUGGAGUUUCAUGUAUGUAACUUGUCGUCUUACAUUAUCUAUACAACGAAUAUUAUUCGCCCGUCAUGAGGGGUUAAAUGACCAGCUGUUGCCUUGUUUGAUCUGACAU